GGCCAGUUUUGAAAAAAAAAAAAAAAAGAGAAGUUUCUCCCAGAUCAAGCAAGCCCCUGAAGAGGAGUCAGCGUCACUCGCCACUCCAGCCUUCUCCCUCCAGGGGAUCCACCGUGCCGGGCAUCAGCUCCACACCUGCGUGCGGGAGACCUGAUCGGUGCUGAGCGAGCCCCAGGGGACAUGGGGCCUGGCCUCCUGGUGCUUCUGGUGGCAGCUGGCAUCUGGCAUAGUUCAGCAUCUCCAACCAUUGAACCUAACGUCCCCACUGUGACAGUGAACAGCAGAGACCCGGUGAACUUCCUUUGCUAUGGGGACUCCAGAGUAGAAUGGGUCACCAAAUUGAAAGACAAAGUUGUGCGCACCAUGGGCACUAACAGCACACUUACUAUCGCCAGUGCUACCUACAAGGACACGGGCACCUACCAGUGUGCCUACACCAACAGCAGCAACCGUGGGAGAGCCUCUGUGCAUCUCUUUGUGAGAGAUCCCAUGAACAUGUGGUACGUCAGCACCGUCAGAGUCCAAGUAAAGGAAGGCAGUGACGCCCAGCUCCCCUGUCUGAUCACCAACCCAGCCUAUGGAUCCAACGUUACUCUAGUAAUGAACGACCAUUCCCCCAUCCUACCAGGGACAGAGUUUUCUUUCAGUGCUCAGGAUGGAGUAACGAUAUACAGAGUCCAGCAGGCUCAGAAAGGUUACUACAGAUGCCAGGUCCUGAUCAACGGAGAAGCAAAGAAGUCAACAAAGAUCAGACUGCUUGUUUCUGAAGCAGUGGAGAUGCCCGUCUCGGUCACCAUGGAGACAAAAGACCACGUGCGAAUCCAGGGUGAGCUUUUCUGGGUCACCUGCCAAGUAAAGGCUCCUUCCCACAAGUACGACAUCACGUGGAAGCAUCCGGCUGAGAACGCCACAAUCACCAAAAGCACUGACUAUGUAAAGAAGGAUUACAUCAUUAACGUCACCCUGACCAUUGCUGCAGUGACAAUGGGAGAUAGCGGAAGAUACACUUGCAUAGCUAACAAUUCAGGUGGAUCCAGGAGCUUGUCAACUGUGCUCAAAGUCGUAGAGAGAGGCUACGUGCAUCUGUCUCCUGUGCAGAACGCCACCCAGAAGGUAGCACUGGGAGGGAGCUUGCAACUGCAGGUCCAGAUUGAGGCUUACCCUCCCCUUCAUGACUGGGGCUGGAGGCAUCACAACCCUUCAGAGGACAUUGAGAACUCCAAGCUUGAAAACCAGAUGGCUACUGGCAACAACCGGUACAACAACACGCUCGUCCUGAGCCGCCUACAGAGGGUGGAAAGCGGCCUCUACACCUUCUACGCUGCAAACAGCGAGGACACCGCAUCCGUGACCUUCAGCCUGUUCCUGAAGUCCCCGCCUCGGAUGAACAUUGUGCCAACCAACAACUCCAAGACCCUUCGCUGCCUGGCCGACGGCUACCCUGCUCCUCACGUCGAGUGGUAUCAGUGCUACAAGCACACUGAGAGAUACAACCCAAACUGCACCUUGAUUCUGAACGACACCAAACCACAGGUCCUGGAUAAGACGCUUUUCAAAACUGUGCAAGUUGAGAGCAUCCUUGCAGUCCCCAAGAUGAACGCCAACCUUACCUUUUGCUGUGUGGCCAUCAAUGAAGAGGGGAAUGCCUCUGAGACCUUCCACCCUUACAUUACAAGGGAAGUGUGGAUGGCCCCCAACAAGCUCUUCAACCCCACCUUGUACAGCUGCGUGGGAAUAUCCGUCCUGCUGCUCCUGCUCCUCCUCUUCCUCCUGUACAAAUACAAGCAGAAACCCAAAUACCAGGUGCGGUGGAAGAUCAUUGAAGCCUGCGAAGGGAAUAACUACAUCUUUAUUGACCCCACCCAGCUGCCAUACAAUCAGAAGUGGGAGUUCCCCAGAAACAACCUACAGUUUGGAAAGACCCUUGGAGCAGGGGCUUUUGGAAAAGUGGUCGAAGCCACUGCUUUCGGGCUGGGGAAGGAAGACUCUGUCCUCAAAGUGGCCGUGAAGAUGCUGAAGGCCACAGCCGACACAGAUGAGCAGGAGGCGCUCAUGUCUGAGCUCAAGAUCAUGAGUCAUCUGGGCCACCAUGAGAACAUUGUGAACCUGCUGGGAGCAUGUACCUGCGGAGGCCCAAUCUUGGUCAUCACAGAGUACUGCCGCUAUGGAGAUCUGCUAAAUUUUCUGCGGAAGAAAGCAGAGUGCCUAAUCAUCCAGGACUUGAGCUCGGAUUCCUCUCCGGACAACACUGCCAAUUACAAGAAUAUCUAUCUGGAGAAGAAGUAUGUCCGAAGUGACAGCGGGUUUGCAAGCCAGAGUUUAGAAACAUAUGUGGAAAUGAGACCUGUGUCAUCAUCGUCGUCAUCCUCCUCAGACUCCACACCCACAAGGGGCAAGACCCCACAGGAAGAGGAGAAGGAAGAUGCGCGGCCCCUGGACCUGUACGACCUGCUGCAAUUCUCCAAUCAGGUGGCCCAGGGCAUGGCCUUCCUUGCCGCAAAGAACUGCAUCCACCGUGACGUGGCAGCAAGGAACGUGCUGGUGUCGGACGGGCGAGUAGCCAAGAUCUGUGACUUCGGGCUGGCCAGGGACAUCAUGAACGAUUCAAACUACGUCGUGAAAGGCAACGCUCGUCUGCCCGUGAAGUGGAUGGCCCCAGAGAGCAUCUUUGACUGCAUUUACACAGUGCAGAGCGAUGUGUGGUCUUAUGGCAUCCUCCUCUGGGAGAUCUUCUCGCUAGGUAAAAGCCCAUACCCAGGCAUGGCAGUGAAUAGCAAAUUCUACAACAUGGUGAAGCUGGGAUACCAGAUGGCCAGGCCAGAUUUCGCUCCUUUGGAAAUGUACAGCAUCAUGCAAGCAUGCUGGAACCUGCAAGCCACGCAGCGGCCAACCUUUGACCAGAUCUGUUGUCUCAUUCAGAAGCAACUGGAAGUCAACAAGGAGAAGGACUACAUAAACCUCCCCACAGAGGAAGACAGUGGGUGCGAACCCUCCAGCUGCUGCGAGGAGUCCUGUGACCAAGGAGAGAGCAGUCAGCCCCUUCUGAACAGCAACAAUUACCAGUUCUGUUAAGGCUGUAUGGUCACCGGGGAUAGGUCCCUAUUCUCCACUCACCUUUGCAGAGGACUUGGCUUGAAGGCAGGCUCCUCAUGCUAAGUCUCCUUAUUGCAGUGCUUUCUGAAGUAUGAGAGAUUUACAGCAUUUCCCCCUUGAAGAGCCAUCAUGGUAGGAGCAAAAAGCUAAGACUUGGCCCUGAUCCAUGUAGGGGUCAUGUUUGUCAUCCUCGCAGACUGAGCUGUGUUCCUCACCAAUGCCAGUAACAUAAAGACACACUGGUUAAGUCUUCCUGACUAGCCACUGCAAAUCCAUGCUAUCCAGUUCUUAUGAGC